AUGCCGCCUCGAAUUCGCGCGGUCCCGACCUUCCAUCGAAGAUCAAGUUCCGGUGGAGGACAAAGUGGAGAAAUGCAGGACGGACGGCUCGGCGAUGUUACAUCGAAAUGGUGGAGCGAGCUAAUUCCGCGCGCCCCCAGAAUCGAGGAUAUGGCUGGUAGAAGGAACAACAAUAACGGAGAGUUGGGCGGUCAGAACAACCAGUUUCUAGAAGGACUUACUGCACUUCUACAUGAGCAGAACCGCAUUCAUGGGGAACAGAUUCAACAAAUAUUGCAGGCUAGGGAGCAGGGAAGCACCCCCAGACGUUCUACACCUAGUACGCAACCGGUCUACAAGCAGUUUCGGGAGCUUGGACCGACGGAGUUUAAAGGCACCACAGACCCAAUCGCUGCAGAGGGAUGGAUUCGGUCUCUGGAAACGAUAUUUGAUUUCAUGCAGCUCACAGAUGCGGACAAGGUCAGGUGUGCGAUAUUCAUGCUCCGGGAUGAUGCUCGGGUAUGGUGGGAGGGUGCGCGGCUGACUGUGGAUCUGACUAUUUUGACGUGGGCUGAUUUUAAGGAGGUAUUCUAUGGGAAGUAUUUCACAGUUGACAACCGGACACGACUGGCACGGGAAUUCUUGGAGCUUCGUCAGGGAGAUAUGACGGUGGCAGAGUAUGUCAGGAGGUUCGAGAGAGGACGCUAUUUCGUACCUAUGAUUACCAGCCAACCAGUCGAAGAAUUGAAGCACUUCACCGAAGGGUUGAGGCCGGCUAUUCGCCAUGACAUCAGGUUGAGUCGGGUCACCACAUUUAGAGAGGCAGUUAACCAAGCACUGAUGUCCGAAAGAGACAGAAAUGACAUGGUCAAGGAAGCUCAGAACAAGAGAUUGAGUUAUCAAGGACGGGAUCAGCAGGAGCCGGGAAAGAAGAGGUCAGUUCCGGGUCAGAAUCCAGGAAAGCAGUCGUUUAAGCAGGCGCAGUCGCGGCAGCAAAUUCAGAAGACACAAGCAGCUGAAGGCACUGGUGGCAGGGCUGAAAACAAGGUUCGCUGUUCCAAAUGCGAGAAGAUUCACGCUGGGCAGUGUUUGACGGGUACAGACGCUUGCUAUAUGUGUAAGAAGUCAGGACACUUCGCUAGAGAAUGUCCACUGCUCAAGGAGCCAACCAAGGGGAGAGUAUUUGCGAUGACUCAAGAGCAGGUGGACCUGGACACAGCUAUUAUCACAGGUAUGAUUUAUAUCGCCAAUAUUCCAGCCCGUGUAUUAAUAGAUUCCGGAGCUACACAUUCCUUUAUAUCUGAGGCUUACCUCACAAAACUGGGCAUUAUACCUGAACGAAUGGUUGCGGAAUAUAGUGUUUCAUUACCGUCAGGGGAGGAAUUGCAUAGCAACAGGAUGGUAAAGAACUGUCAGAUGAUGAUGCAAGAUCAUAUGACUCAUGAUGCCUACAUUUCAGGUGAGGAUGUGUCUCCAGGCACCAUGGAGGGUCUACAGGCGGAGUAG